AUGGAUCAGCAGCAAGGCCAACAGGGCCCCAUGGGGCCGGCCGGUCGUCGUCUUCACAUUGCGCAUCGCCGCAGCCCGUCUGAGCUGACUCCGCUGAUGAUGGAGCAACUUGCCAUCGCACAGCAGAUCGAGGUGUUACAGCAACAGCAGCAGCAGAUCGCCGCUACACACCAGCAGUAUGUGAACAUGGGCAUGAUCCAGCCACAGCAGCAGCUUGGCAACUUCCAGAUGCAGGGCCAGAUACCCAAUGUCUCGCCCCACGUCAACAACUUCCAGUUCACCCAACAGCAGAUGCCCCAGCAGCAACAACAACAGCAGCAACAGCAACAACAGCAGCAGCACCUUGGUGUUCCGAUGAAUGCUCCUGCCCAGCCCUCCGCUCAUCGCCGCAACCAGUCCGCCCUCCCUACUGUCGGUAUGGGCCCACCCCCAGCACCUUCCUCCGGCGCGUCUGGCUUCGGCGAAUUUGGAGCACAACAGGGCACUCAAGGUAGGGAGAACGUCAACCCUCGUGGCCGAGGUGGAGGAGGCGCAGGCUCCGGACACACUCGACGACACUCUUUGGCCCUUGCCGACGCGAAGAAGGCGGCUGAACAGGCAGAGCAGAAGAGAAAGACUUCUGGCUUCCAGUUCCCCCUUCCCUCGGCUGGCGGCAGCUCGAAUCGUGAUGCGAGCCCCAGCGGAAACAGCGCUUCCAACGACACUCCUUCUGCUCGUGGUGGACGAGCUGGUCACGGUCGCAGCCAAAGCAUGGCUGUUGGACGCGGCGGCGGAAGCGCCGGCCGUGGUGGACCUGCCUUUUCCUUCCCAGCGGCCAGCGAAUCCACCACCAAUACCAACCAGACUGGUCAGUCUGACUUCCAACGCCGUGGUAGCCAAGGCCAUGGCAGCCAGGGCCAUGGUAGGACUGCCUCUCGCAACUUCGAGGGCAACUGGAGACAGCCCCAGAACAACAACAAUAACAACAACCAGCAACCGUCUGCUCAAGACAACCAAACUCAAGCCCAAAACAUGGGUAACUUCAAUAUGAACCAGACCGCCAAUGCCGCUCCUUUCCAGCCGGGACACCGCUCUCGCGGCUCUGUCAACCAGUCCGUUGGCUCUCUUGGCAACUUCCAGUAUGCCGGCCAGCCUCAGCUGAUGCAGAGUCCCCAAGCACAGCUCUUGCUGCAGCAGCAGAUGUUUGGUCAGCCACUCAACCCGAUGCAGAUCGCUCAUUUGCAGGCUCUACAGGCCGCCCAGAUAACCGGUGGUAUUAAUGUCAGCCAGCACGCCCCUCAGAUGGGCAUGCAACAACAACAGCAGCAGCAGCAGCGCAAGACCUUGUUCACUCCUUACCUUCCCCAGGCGACUUUGCCUGCCCUUCUUGGCGACGGCCAACUUGUUGCCGGUAUUCUCCGCGUCAACAAGAAGAACAGGAGCGAUGCUUACGUUACAACUACCGACUUGGAUGCCGAUAUCUUCAUUUGUGGUAGCAAAGACAGAAAUCGAGCUCUCGAAGGCGACUUGGUCGCUGUCGAACUCCUUGAUGUCGAUGAAGUGUGGGGCCAGAAGCGUGAGAAAGAAGAGAAGAAGAAGAGGAAGGACAACGCAGAUCCUCGCGGCGGUAGUAUCGCGGUGAACGACGCCACCACUCAACCUGAGACUGGUUCUGAAGGUGGCAUCCGCCGCCGUGGCAGUCUGCGCCAGCGGCCUACACAGAAGAAGAAUGAUGACGUUGAAGUGGAAGGGCAGAGCUUGCUCCUCAUGGAGGAGGAGGAGAUCAACGAUGAGCUAAAGCCUUUGUAUGCAGGCCACAUCGUUGCUGUCAUCGAGCGUGUCGCUGGACAGAUGUUCUCUGGAUCUCUUGGACUCCUGCGCCCUAGCAGCCAAGCCACUAAAGAGAAACAAGAGGCUGAACGACAGGCCCGUGAAGGCCACUCCGGCCGACCCCAGCCAGAACGCCAGGACAAGCCGAAGAUUGUAUGGUUUAAACCAACUGACAAGCGCGUGCCAUUGAUUGCCAUCCCCACCGAGCAAGCUCCGAGGGACUUUGUUGAGAAACAUCAAGAUUACGCCGACCGCAUCUUCGUAGCAUGCAUCAAGCGAUGGCCCAUCACAUCGCUGCAUCCCUUUGGAACCCUUGUCGAGCAGCUUGGAGUCAUGGGUGACCUUAAGGUGGAGACCGAUGCCCUCCUGCGCGACAACAACUUCGGUCCGGAUGACUUCUCCGAUGCUGUCAUCAAGAACAUCGGCUUCGAAGACUGGUCUGUUGCCAAUGAUGGGGAAGAUGCCCUUGAGAGUCGUCGGGAUUUCCGAAGCGAAGAGACAUUCACAAUCGACCCGAACGGUAGCAAGGAGCUCGACGAUGCGAUUCACUUCAAGUAUCUCGAUGACGGUCACGUCGAGAUCGGCAUCCACGUCGCUGACGUUGCUCACUUCAUCAAGGCCAACUCACUCGUUGAUCGUGAAGCCAAGAAGCGCGGAACUGCUGUGUAUCUGAUGAACCGCACAGUCAACAUGCUUCCGCCCCGAAUUUCGAACGACAUCUGCUGCCUUAACCCCGGAGAAGACCGCUACACUGUCAGCGUCGUCUUCAAAGUCGAUCCGAAGUCUGGCCGGGUCUUCGAAGAUGAGACUUGGGUUGGCAAGGCCGUGAUCAAGAGCUCUGGCAAGUUGACUUAUGACGAGGUCGAUACUGUUAUCAACGGUAGCGAUGGCGAAGUCACGGCUGCUCGUACAAAGGACAUUAAGACGCUCCAUGACAUCACGCAGAAGUUCCGCCAGGCACGCUUCGGUGAUCGUACUACGGAUGUGCCGGCUCUGCGACUCAUGUAUCAGCUUGACGAUGAGAACGUUCCUGUCGAGCAGAACAUCUUCGACUCCUCCCCGGCCCACGAGUGUAUCGAGGAGCUCAGCCACCUCACAAACACCUUUAUUGCGAAGAAGCUUGCUGCCGGCCUACCAGAGAAGGCAUUCUUGCGCCGCCAACCCUCGCCUAACCCCCGUCGUUUGACUACUAUCGCUGAGCGCAUGGGUGCCAUCGGCUAUGACAUUGAUACUGAAAGCAGCGGAUCUCUACAGAACAGUCUCUUCCAGGUCGAGGAUGACGACAUUCGAAAGGGCAUGGAGACGCUAGUCAUCAAGUCUAUGCCCCGUGCGAAAUACUUUGUUGCUGGCAAAUUGCCUGAGGAUCAAUAUCCUCACUACGCCUUGAACCUCCCUGUCUACACCCAUUUCACGAACCCGUCGCGACGCUACGCCGAUAUUGUCGUGCAUCGCCAACUGGAGGCAGUGCUGUCCACCGGUGCUAUUGAGUUUACCGAAGAUGUCGAAGCUUUGGCGAAGACUGCGGAGAUGUGCAACACCAAGAAAGAUUCAGCUCAUGCCGCUCAGGAGCAGAGUGUGCAUAUUGAAGCAUGCCGCAAGAUGGAUAAGGUGAGGCAAGAGAGGGGCGGUGACUUGAUCGCGGAAGGCAUCGUUCUCUGUGUUUACGAGUCCGCAUUCGAUGUUCUCAUUCCUGAGUGGGGUUUCGAGAAGCGUGUCCAUUGCGAUCAGCUUCCUCUCAAGAAAGCCGAGUUCGACAAGAACAAGCGCCUUCUAGAACUUUUCUGGGAGAAGGGCGUCCCGUCCUCUGCCUACGUUCCCGAAGAUGAGAGGCCAAAGCAUGGCUCAGUCCGAGCUGCUAAUGCUGCAGCUGCGGCGCGCGACGCCGAGGCGGCUAAGCAGCGCGCAAAGGAACAGGAAGAGGCCCAGCGCAGGCAAAUGGAUACUGGAACCAUCUCGACCAACGAAGUCGACGCUUUGUUCGAUGACGAUGACGACGAUGACUCCUCCAGCGACCUCAACUCGACCAUGGCAGGUGUUUCCCUAAACCCUGAUCGACCAACACAGAGCAUGCCUCCGUCGCCUACCCGUGGCGAGCUGCGUGGAGCUCCACAUCGCGUCAACUCUGACUCGAAGCUUACCCAGAGCGCCAGCGAGGCCCCCGAGGCCAAGCAGUCGAACAAGGAGAAGUACCUCACCUGGUUCUCUCUGCGAGAGGAGAAUGGCAAUUACAUCCAGGAUGUCCGGGAGAUGUCGCGCAUCCCAGUUAUCCUUAAGACGGAUCUGACGAAGAGCCCUCCUUGCUUGACCAUCCGAUCUCUCAACCCUUAUGCUCUUUAA